GGAUACAACUCUCCGCACAAGCGCAGCAACCAGUUAAGCUUAGUUACACCUUCAAAACAAUGGCAGCCACCGACGGAGUAACCUCAAAAGAACUCCUGGAAGCCCAAUCUCACCUCUGGAACCACAUCUUUAGCUUCAUCAACUCCCUCUCUCUAAAAUGCGCCCUCGAGCUCGGCCUCUUCGACGCCAUCAACAACUACAAGAAACCCAUCCCCCUCAAUGAACUCGCCAAAACCCUCUCCAUCCCUGACGCCCGCCUCCAAAACUUUGAGCGCUUCCUCCGCCUCUUGGUCCACAACGGCUUCCUCUCCAUCCCUGACGCCCGCCUCCAAAACUUUGAGCGCUUCCUCCGCCUCUUGGUCCACAACGGCUUCCUAAGCCAGACCAGUACUGAUGCAAGUAUAGACAGUUACACCCUGACAACAAACUCUGUUCCGUUAAUAAAAGAAAAGGGCCAGUCCAUAACCCCCUUCAUUGAGCUCAUGCUCGACGAAACCCUUCUAAACCCUUGGCAAUCCCUAAGCGCAUGGUUCAAGACGGAGACCCCGUCAACGGCGUUUGAGAUGUUCCAUGGGACGUUUAUAUGGGAGGCCACGGGCAAAAUGCCCGAGUUUGGGAAAUUGAUGAGAGAAGGAUUGGGCAGUGAUUCCCAGUCGAUUAUAAAAGUGAUUAUGGAGGACUGUGGGGAAUUGUUUGAAGGGGUGAAGAGCCUUGUGGAGGUCGCCGGAGGAACCGGGACGAUGGCGUUGAGGAUCAAGGAGAAGUUUCCGGAGGUCAAGUGUACGGUGUUGGAUUUGCCGCACAUGAUUAAUGCGAUGGAGAAGAGCGACCAGGUUGAGUAUGUUGCCGGGGACAUGUUUGAGUUUAUCCCGCCGGCGGAUAUGCUUAUUCUCAAGUGGGUAUGCCACGGAUGGAGCGAUGAGGCAUGCAUUACCUUAUUGAAGCGAUGCAAGGAGGCGAUUCCGACUCAAGAGAACGGAGGCAAAGCGAUCAUCAUCGACAAAGUGAUGAACACUACAGACGAAAUUCACCCAAAGCUCACCGAGACUCAGCUUCACUUUGACAUCCAUAUGAUGGUUCACACCACAGGGAAGCAGAGGACUGAAAAGGAAUGGAAGAAGUUGUUUGAUGAAGCUGGAUUCAAGGGGUACAAGAUAAUUCCUGCACUUGGAUUGCGCUCUAUUAUUGAGAUCUAUCACUAAACGGUAUCAUAUAUGGUGUGAUUGUACAAUUAUGCUUGGUGUUGAGAAAGAGAGUUUGAUGCUGUUAUUUGUUGUUUGGUUGUGUUUUGUUGUAGAUUUGCUGCAUAAGUUAUCGGUGUAAUGUAUGGAGCUCUGGCAGUGCAUCUUACUGGUUCCCCAGUAAAAUAAAGGCUCCAGCUCUAUGUAUGCUAGGUUUGUGUUAUCUCGGACCUUUUCUAAGAUAUUAUUAGGAAGCAAAUUAUGAGAUAUAGAUUGUAAUCACAUACUGUGUAAAUAUGUAUUUCCAGCAGCCUGUUAUUUUCUA